AUGACUUUUACAUGUUGUCCAUCAGGAACCUUCAAAGCCAACCAAGGGGACGAAGCCUGCACCCACUGUCCCAUCAAUAGCCGCACCACCUCCGAGGGCGCCACCAACUGUGUGUGCCGGAAUGGUUACUACAGGGCCGACCUGGAUCCCUUAGACAUGCCUUGCACAACCACUCCCUCUGCGCCCCAGACUGUCAUCUCCAGCGUCAACGAGACAUCCCUCAUGCUAGAAUGGACCCCACCCCGAGACUCGGGGGGGCGUGAGGAUCUUGUCUACAACAUCAUCUGCAAGAGCUGUGGCUCAGGCCGGGGCGCUUGCACCCGCUGCGGGGACAACGUGCAGUACGCGCCCCGCCAGCUGGGCCUGACGGAGCCACGCAUCUACAUCAGCGACCUGCUGGCACACACGCAGUACACGUUCGAGAUCCAGGCCGUAAAUGGUGUCACUGACCAGAGCCCCUUCUCACCCCAGUUCGCCUCUGUGAACAUCACCACCAACCAAGCAGCACCAUCUGCCGUGUCCAUCAUGCAUCAGGUGAGCCGUACCGUGGACAGCAUCACCCUGUCGUGGUCCCAGCCAGACCAGCCCAACGGCGUGAUCCUGGACUACGAGCUGCAGUAUUACGAGAAGGAGCUCAGUGAGUACAACGCCACAGCCAUAAAAAGCCCCACCAACACGGUCACUGUGCAGGGCCUCAAAGCCGGCGCCAUCUAUGUCUUCCAGGUGCGGGCACGCACCGUUGCAGGCUAUGGGCGCUACAGUGGCAAGAUGUACUUCCAAACCAUGACAGAAGCCGAGUACCAGACCAGCAUCAAGGAAAAACUGCCUCUCAUCGUCGGCUCCUCGGCGGCUGGCAUAGUCUUCCUCAUCGCUGUGGUUGUCAUUGUCAUCGUAUGUAGCAGAAGACGGGGGUUUGAGCGCGCCGACUCAGAGUACACCGACAAGCUGCAGCACUACACCAGCGGCCACAUGACCCCAGGCAUGAAGAUCUAUAUUGACCCUUUCACCUACGAAGACCCUAAUGAGGCAGUGCGGGAGUUUGCCAAGGAAAUUGACAUCUCCUGCGUCAAGAUUGAACAGGUGAUCGGAGCAGGGGAGUUUGGUGAGGUCUGUAGUGGCCACUUGAAGCUGCCAGGCAAGAGAGAGAUCUUUGUAGCCAUCAAGACUCUCAAGUCUGGAUACACAGAGAAGCAGCGCCGGGACUUCCUGAGCGAGGCAUCCAUCAUGGGCCAGUUCGACCACCCCAAUGUCAUCCACCUGGAAGGGGUUGUCACCAAGAGUACACCUGUCAUGAUCAUCACCGAGUUCAUGGAGAAUGGUUCCCUCGACUCCUUUCUUCGGCAAAAUGACGGGCAGUUCACAGUCAUCCAGCUGGUGGGCAUGCUGCGGGGCAUCGCGGCUGGCAUGAAGUACCUGGCAGACAUGAACUACGUGCACCGGGACCUUGCUGCACGCAACAUCCUUGUCAACAGCAACCUGGUCUGCAAGGUGUCUGACUUUGGGCUCUCACGCUUCCUGGAGGAUGACACCUCUGACCCCACCUAUACCAGCGCCUUGGGUGGGAAGAUCCCCAUUCGUUGGACAGCACCGGAAGCUAUCCAGUACCGGAAAUUCACCUCAGCCAGCGAUGUGUGGAGCUAUGGCAUUGUCAUGUGGGAGGUCAUGUCCUAUGGGGAACGACCCUACUGGGAUAUGACCAACCAAGAUGUAAUCAACGCCAUUGAACAGGACUACCGGCUACCUCCGCCCAUGGACUGCCCUAGUGCCCUGCACCAGCUCAUGCUGGACUGCUGGCAGAAGGACCGCAACCACCGGCCCAAGUUCGGCCAGAUUGUCAACACGCUGGACAAGAUGAUCCGAAACCCCAACAGCCUCAAAGCCAUGGCACCCCUAUCCUCUGGCAUCAACCUGCCACUGCUGGACCGCACGAUCCCUGACUACACCAGCUUUAACACGGUGGAUGAGUGGCUGGAAGCCAUCAAGAUGGGCCAGUACAAGGAGAGCUUUGCCAACGCCGGCUUCACCUCUUUUGAUGUCGUAUCUCAGAUGAUGAUGGAGGACAUCCUCCGGGUUGGCGUCACCCUAGCUGGCCACCAGAAAAAGAUCCUGAACAGUAUCCAGGUGAUGAGGGCCCAGAUGAACCAGAUCCAGUCUGUGGAGGUUUGACGUCUGCCUGCCUCGGCUCACCUCUUCCUCCACACCGCGCCCCCUAAGCCCCCGCCCUGCGUCGGUCCCCCUGCUGCUCUGUCCACCGCAGGGCCGGCUGCCUGCCAGGAGGCCACAGGCAACAGGAAGAACCAGGCAGCACUCCAGCCAACAAGAUGCCACCGAGAACCCAUGCAAGUCAAAGGAAUGGAAAGGGAAUAUGGGGGGAACACGCACCUAGAUCUGGGAGGGGGGCGGGACAGGCAAGGAACAUUCGUUCAAAGAGGAUUCUCAUAAGGAAAGUGAUGAUGGUUUUUGGAGAGAAAAGAAAAAGGCUCGGGAGGUCCACACGAGCCAACUUGGUGGAGGCCAAAAGCAUUUUCUCUCCAACUCCUACUGGGAAGAUUGAGCUGGCCGGAGCAAAAAAAACAAAAACAAAAAA